GAGAGGUUGGGGCUGCUGGCUCAGGUGACUGCACUGUGGUUUUCUGGAGUUGAGGAAUCUCCUUCCUCCGGGACCACAGUGCCUGGGGUCUGGUGCGUCUUCGGGGAGGUCCCUGGUCUGAGGGACUUGUGUUCCGCUGUUCCGGAUCCUGGCUCUGACCCGUGGUCCUUUGGAAUUGAGGUGUGGCAAUGUUUUGGUCUGAGUAACCUGCAUGGUGAGGUCCUGAGUCUCAGAGACCCACAGUCCUGCAGAGAACGGCCGUGGUGCUAGCCUUGACCUCCUCCGGAACCUGUGUCACUUGGUUUGGUGUCCAGGGCCUGAGAGACCAAUGUACCAGAGGUCAGAAAUGCGUUUAGGGGAUCCCAGGGUCGUGGAGCCUGAGGGAUGUAGUGGGGCUCAAAGGGUACAUGGGCACGUUGGGAUUGGAGUGGAAGGGUCAAAUGAUGGGAAGAGUCUCUUCCAGAGAGGCUGCGCGUGAUGGAUGGGGGAGCGGGAUACAGCGGAAGGAAAGGGACCUUAUCUCUAUGACCUAAAUGAGGGCAAGGGUUGGAAGAAAGCUUUUCUGGGGACCUGGAGUCCGGCCCUUAAAGGGAUUCAGUGGGCUGUAUGUAGCUUACCUGAGAACAGGCAGCUUCAAGCUGGAGGUAGGAGGCUUUGAGGUUUCCUGUUUGAGAAAGCUGGAGUCAAGCAGUGUAGAUUUUUAGAGCCUGGGUGCGCAGGUGGUAGAAUUCUGGCCCUGGCAAAAAUUGGCACAUACACGGAGACCCAAAGGCUUCUGCUGCCCCCAGGACUUGGGACAGAGAUCACUCCAGGGCUGAAGUUAGCUGCAUCCAUGUGUCAGGACUGAAGGAAUUUUUGUUGUGCAGAUGGUGGCUAGCGUUGCAAGUCCUGGUGCACAUGUUCAGUUGCAUAGAAACAGAGUUUUGUUGCCUCUAGGUCUUAGUACAGAGGCUAGAUUGGCUGUGUCUGCAUGGGGGUGGGAAUGGAAGACCAUACGGCAGGGAGUUACCAUGGGGAUGCCAAAGAGCAAGCUCAACAGGAACCAGCCCAGGAGGUAACUCCUAGAGGUCAGGACCAGAGGGCCCCAUAAGUUCCUGAGGUGUGGGACCGUUGGGAGAAGCAGCCUGGCAGGGCUCGGCAGGGCAGGUUUGAGGAUGCUUCUGCAUCUGGUAUCCUGCAUCCAGCCACCAGGGACCAGAGUUUGAGGAGCAGGCUAGGGAGGAUCCAGCCAUCCCCCGGCGUUGAUGAGGUGGGUGGCUAAACACUGGGAAAUCCCACUGUGAGUGGGGUGACUGGGGAGCAAAACUUUACAUUGGCCACUGCCCUCACUAGUCUACCUCUGCUCUCUAUGAAGCUCUUGUCCCUUCCCCCUUCCCAGCCUUCUCCAGCACUGAGAGAACAGUUCCAAGCACCUGAUUGGAGGGGAAGGGGCUACUAGCAUCCUGUGGGAAGGUGACUGACAGCUGCUGGAACCCAUGGGCUUUCACAAAGAGGGUGGGACUUCCGGGUUGCUCUGGGCCUGGCUCCUUCAGCACUCCACCUCAUUCCCCCAAAUCUCCAUCCCUGUUGCUGCCAGAUUUACCUCUGGGACAAGAACAGACUGGGCCUUUUUUCCAGGAGGGGCAGUCAUUGGCUAGUCCCGGGAGUGGGGAGAAGCUGAACCUAGGCCCACCCCAGGGGCUUCAGGGGACUAUACUGGACCUGGCUCGGCCUAAGUACCUGUAUGGGGGCCCAGCUUUCUUCUUGGUGGAAAGAUAAUCACUGUGGGUAGCAGACAGAUUGAUGACAUUGCUGAUGGUGCCGUGAAGCCCCCACCCAACAAAUACCCCAUCUUCUUCUUUGGAACGCAUGAAACGGCCUUCCUGGGACCCAAGGACCUGUUCCCCUAUGAUAAGUGCAAGGACAAGUACGGAAAGCCCAACAAGAGGAAAGGCUUCAAUGAGGGGCUCUGGGAGAUCCAGAACAACCCCCAUGCCAGCUACAGUGCGCCUCCGCCGGUGAGCUCCUCUGACAGUGAGGCCCCUGAAGCCGACCUGGGUUGUGGCAGCGACGUGGACAAGGACAAAGAAUCCCGGAGGGUCAUGACUGUGACAGCUGUGACCACCACAGCCACCAGUGACAGGAUGGAGAGCGAUUCUGACUCUGACAAGAGCAGUGAUCACAGUGGCCUGAAGCGGAAGACACCAGUCUUGAAGGUGUCAGUCUCUAAACGAGCUAGAAGAGCUUCCAGUGACCUGGAUCAGGCCAGUGUGUCCCCAUCAGAAGAGGACUCUGAGAGCCCAUCUGAGUCGGAGAAGACCAGUGACCAGGAUUUUACCCCAGAGAAGAAGACAGCGGCCCGGCCGCCACGGCGAGGUCCUCUGGGAGGACGCAAGAAGAAGCACCCCACUGGCUAUGCCUGUCCCCAGAAGGUGCCAUCAGCCUCGGAUUCAGACUCCAAAGCCGACUCAGAUGGGGCCAAGGAGGAGCCUGUGGUUACAGCACAGCCGUCUCCAUCCUCCUCGUCGUCGUCCUCAUCAUCAUCCUCCUCAGACUCAGAUGUGUCUGUCAAGAAACCCCCUCGAGGUAGAAAGCCAGCUGAGAAGCCACCCCCAAAACCCCGAGGGCGGAGACCAAAGCCAGAACGACCACCUUCCACCUCCAGCAGUGACAGUGACAGUGACAGUGGUGAAGUAGACCGCAUCAGUGAAUGGAAGAGACGUGAUGAAGAGCGAAGGCGUGAGCUGGAGGCUCGGAGGCGACGGGAGCAGGAGGAAGAGCUCCGGAGACUUCGAGAACAGGAGAGGGAGGAGAAGGAGCGGCGCAAGGAGCGGGCAGAGCGUGGGGGCAGCAGUGGAGAGGAGCUGGAGGACGAGGAGCCUGUGAAGAAGCGUAGCCGAAAGGCUCGAGGCCGAGGCACACCAUCCUCCUCUGACUCAGAACCUGAGGGGGAGCUUGGGAAAGAGGGGAAGAAGUUGGCCAAGAAGUCCCAACUGCCAGGCUCAGAGUCUGCAAGGAAGCCUGGGCAAAAGGAGAAGAGAGGGCGGCCAGAUGAGAAGCCACGAGCCAGGCCUGUGAAGGUGGAGCGGACGCGGAAGCGGUCAGAGGGUCUCUCACUGGAAAGGAAGGGGGAGAAGAAGAAAGAACCCUCCGUAGAGGAGAGACUGCAAAAGCUGCACAGCGAGAUCAAAUUUGCACUGAAGGUUGACAACCCAGAUGUGAGGAAGUGUCUGAGUGCACUGGAAGAACUGGGGACUCUGCAGGUAACCUCUCAGAUUCUUCAGAAGAACACAGAUGUGGUAGCAACGCUGAAGAAGAUUCGCCGGUACAAGGCCAACAAGGAUGUGAUGGCGAAGGCAGCAGAGGUCUACACCCGGCUCAAGUCACGGGUCCUGGGGCCGAAAGUUGAGGCUCUCCAGAAGGUGAACAAGGCUGGAGCCGAGAAGGAACGGGCCGAUAACGAGAAGCUAGAGGAGCAGCCGGGGGAGCAGGCUCCCAGAGAGCUGGCAGAGGAUGAGCCCAGCACCGAUCGGUCAGCACCUGUGAAUGGUGAGGCCACAUCCCAGAAGGGGGAGAACAUGGAAGACAGAGCACAGGAAGACGGGCAGGACUCUGAAGAUGGCCCCAGGGGUGGCUCCUCAGAAGAGCUGCAUGACAGCCCACGCGACAACUCGGACCCAGCCAAGCCUGGAAAUGAGCGUCAGGACCAUGAGAGGACACGGCUGGCCUCUGAGUCUGCCAAUGAUGACAAUGAGGACAGCUGAGCUCCAGCCACUGUGGCCAUGGUGCCAUGUCCAUCCCCAGCCUCCCAGGGAAGUGCUGCGCUGUUUGUAUUUGUGGUCUGGGCUUUUCUGCCUAGUUCUGUGAUUUCAAUUGACAUGAAAUGGCUAUAAAGAAUUUUGUAAUGAAAAAGAAA